UCGUAGCAGGCUGGUGGAUGUUGUAGAGCGAGCAUUGACGGCCGGUUGUGUUGGUGAGGUGUGUGUGAACAUCUGCAAUGAGAAUCUUGAAACUACGUCGUGUUUGACACUGUUCACCUGAGUGACUGUGUAGGACUAAUGUGACGUUACACUGCUACGCUCGAGCCGCCCGGAGUCCCUUUCCGUGUUUUAUUCGGCAAGGGAGCCUCCGAGAAGGCUCCGAGGGGCGCUUGAGAUCUUUUGUUCCUAUCGGCUUUCUCGCUGCGGUCAACGCCAUGGCGCACACCCAGCCGAGUGUAAACUGCAGUCUGGAUGACAUCGACCUCAACAGUCUAAAGGAUCCUGCUGGUAUAUUUGAACUAAUUGAAGUAGUUGGAAAUGGUACCUAUGGACAAGUAUACAAGGGUCGGCACACCAAGACUGGACAGCUUGCGGCCAUCAAGAUUAUGGAUGUUACUGAGGAUGAAGAGGAAGAAAUUAAGCUGGAGAUUAAUGUCCUGAAGAAGUAUUCUCAUCACCGUAAUAUUGCCACCUACUAUGGGGCAUUCAUACAGAAGAGUCCACCAGGCAAAGAUGAUAAGCUCUGGCUGGUCAUGGAGUACUGCGGUGCUGGUUCAGUCACAGAUCUUGUCAAGUCAACCAAGGGCCAGUCACUGAAGGAAGAGUGGAUUGCCUACAUAUGCAGAGAGAUCCUCAGGGGUCUGAGCCAUUUGCAUGCCAACAAGAUUAUACACAGGGACAUCAAGGGGCAGAAUGUCUUGCUCACCGACAAUGCUGAAGUGAAGCUUGUGGACUUUGGAGUAAGUGCUCAGUUGGACCGUACAAUAGGACGACGUAACACAUUUAUUGGAACUCCUUACUGGAUGGCCCCCGAAGUGAUUGCUUGUGAUGAGAACCCAGAUGCCACAUAUGACAACAGGAGUGAUCUGUGGUCCCUUGGAAUCACUGCACUUGAAAUGGCCGAGUCACAACCACCUUUGUGCGACAUGCAUCCAAUGCGAGCGCUGUUUCUAAUCCCUCGGAACCCGCCACCUAGGCUCAAAUCACGCAAAUGGGCUAAAAAGUUUCACAGCUUCAUUGAGACGGUACUGGUGAAGGACUACCAACAGAGACCAUACACAGAGCAGCUGCUCAAGCACCCUUUCAUCAAAGAUCAGCCCACCGAGAGGCAGGUACGCAUUCAACUCAAGGACCAUAUGGACCGGUGCCGUAAGCACAAGCGCUCAGCCACAGGAGCAGGAGGUCCCAGGGAGGUGCCAGGAGGGCCUGACGAUUACCGCUACAGUGGUAGUGAGGGUGAGGAUGAGGACGGCACGGCAGGCGAGCCAGGCUCUGUGGAGCCGGCGCAACGCGACUUGACCCUGAAGCGCAACUUCCAGCAGCUACAGGCCCGGGAUGGUACUCUCACUGCUCCACAACAGCAGCAACAGCAACCAAGCAAGCCUCCCGAGCUCCCUGCCAGGCCACCACCAGUCCCUCCACAGAGGGUUAUUGUGGUGCCUGAUCCCCCACCUCCUAGCAAGCCGUUGCCACCAAUCCCUGUGGAGGAAGAGCGCAAGCCAGCUACACCACCACGCAACCAUCAGGCCGGUGGAGCCAGGGGAAGCUCCUCGUCCCACCAGCAGCCCCUGCCGCCACCACCAAACAGCAGAGGCCCCAACCGCAGGCCAGAGGAGUUGGAAGUGCUAGCGCAGCAGCUGAAUGAGCUUGCCCUGGGGGGGGCUGGGGGUCGGGGCUCAAACGGAGCUCGCCUGGCACCAUCACAGAGGCUCAACGGUGCCCAGCCCAGGCCACCUGCUUCGGCCGAGAUGGUAGGCUCCGACUCUGACGAGGACGACGGCCUCAUCCAGAAUGACGGCACACUGCUGGCAUCAGACCCACCGAGGCCCUUACCUCCAGACGGCUAUAACCAGGAGACUCUGCGCUGCCUGGCCUCCGAGGACCCACUGUGCCAGGCCCCCAACCGACCUCUGCCUCCGACCCCUGAUGAAGAGGAAGGUCGCAACGAUGCCACGCUUGUUAUGCGCAGGAUACCGAGCAACAACAGCAGCAGCAGCAGCAAUGAACAGAGGCAUUCAUCAUCUGCUGGAAAAAAUGACCGCGGAAAAGUGCCUGCAACCAGCAGCGCAGCAGCAGCUGCACCCAGCGCUGGUAGCCGACGCUCUGAAGAGCACCCACGACGGUCAGGUCACUCCCAGCAACAGCACCGACCCAAAGAGCGGCCACGAGAGAGCAAAGGCCGUCGGAAAGAGUCAUCAGCAUCGGCGACCACCGCAGCUGAAGUAGCCAGCCGGCAAGAAGUGCGCCGCCCCACUGAGCGAAAACAUUCACAGCAACUCCCAGACCGUGCUGAUCGCAACCCAGCAGCGGUUGCCGAGUGGCUCAUGAAACACUCGGGAUCGCCUGCAGUCAGGUCAUCACUCAACUCCUCUGCUGGGACGCCCAGCCCUGAAAGGCUGUUACGACGCGAGGGAGCAGCAGAUUCUACGAAUUCAAGUGGUGACGCUGCCCUCUUGCGAGAGGAGACAAGUAGUAAGGGCAACCACGAUGACAGACUGGGACGGUCGGACCUGUCCCAAAGUUCUUCGGGCAACCUGUCCAAUGCUCGGUCAAGUGGCGAACUUCCUGAUUUGCUGCCACGUCACGCACAGCAACGCCAGCAGGACAAGUCAGCGUCUGAUGAGUACCGACAGGCUCUUAAUCCACCGGCUCCGCCUCAGUUGCAGUUGCAACAGAAGCAGCGCUCGUUCCUGACGUUUGGCUUUAGCGCGGGUGGGGGCAGCACAGGGGGGGGUGGGGCUCCCCCAGCCCCAUCUCCCCGGCGGGAGUCCCACGUCAACGUCAACGUCACACCCACCUCGCAUGAGGCAGUGAGCACCACCCCGGAGAUCCGCAAGUACAAGAAGCGCUUCUACUCCGAGAUCCUCUGUGCAGCUCUCUGGGGGGUGAAUCUGCUGAUUGGCACGGAGAAUGGCCUGAUGCUGCUGGACCGCAGUGGGCAGGGCAAGGUGUACCAGCUCAUUUCGCGCCGGCGCUUUCAGCAGAUGGAGGUGCUCGAGGGCCAGAAUAUCCUGGUCACCAUCUCUGGCAAAAAGCAGCGUGUGCGCGUCUACUAUCUUUCCUGGCUGAAGAGCAAGAUCCUGCGCACAGAUGCGCAAGUUGAAAAGCGCAAUGGCUGGAUAAACGUCGGGGACCUCCACGGUGCAGUUCACUUCAAGAUAGUGGUGUGGUCAAUUCCCCAACACGAUCUAAAGGAGUGGGAAAAUACCUUUCGAAUUUGGAGUGGCAACGUGAAGUAUGAGCGCAUAAAGUUUCUGGUGAUAGCGCUGAGGGACAGCAUUGAGAUCUAUGCCUGGGCACCCAAGCCAUACCACAAGUUCAUGGCGUUCAAGUCUUUUCCCGAGCUGAUCCACAAACCUUUGGUGGUGGACAUGACCAUCGAGGAAAACAUUCGCCUCAAGGUGGUGUACGGAUCAUGCCAAGGAUUUCACGCAGUGGAUUUGGACUCUGGAGCUGUUUAUGAUGUUUACAUUCCUUCCCAUUUCCAGGAUCGUGCAGCAGGGAACCAGGGCCAGAUCACCCCUCACACCAUUGUGACUCUUCCAAACUCCAAGGGCGUCCAGCUACUGCUCUGCUAUGAUAAUGAGGGUGUCUACGUGAGCAUUUAUGGCCGUGUCAGCAAGAACAUUGUCCUGCAGUGGGGAGAGAUGCCCACUUCAGUUGCAUACGUCGGGACGGGCCAGAUCAUGGGCUGGGGCAACAAGGCCAUUGAAAUUCGUAGCGUGGAGUCUGGCCACCUGGAUGGUGUGUUCAUGCACAAGAAGUCACAAAAGCUCAAGUUUCUCUGUGAACGCAAUGACAAGGUGUUCUUUUCGUCGGCCAAAGGCGGCACCUCCUGCCAGAUCUACUUCAUGACACUGAACAAGCCAGGAAUGGCCAACUGGUAACCAUGGUACCAGCAAGCUGCCUCUCCCCCUCUUAUCGCCAGCAGGCAUCAAACAGCAUAGUUUACAAUUACCUUUGAAGUGUGCGUUCACCCUGCUUGGGCAAAUGCAGCAGUUUUUACAUGUUUCUACUAUAGGUAUUAAUGCUCAAAAAAAGCGUGAAGUUCUGUUACUGAAGUUUUAUUUUUUUGCCUUUUGCCCGAAGCUAUAACCCCAAGUGAGCGAACAUUUAAGUUGGCAGGGGUAAUUCAGGCCAUUUCGCAGCCUUCAGCCUGUCUGUCAAACGUGUCGGUUGUAAGGCAUUGUAUGUAGACUUUAUGAAGUCUCUUUUCGCUGGAGCUACCCGUCAUUGCUGCACCCCUGAGAGCAAUUGUAUAGCCUCGCCUAGUCCCAACACAUUAGCAGUUUUGGAUUUUCAUAAGGGAGUAACAUGCUCGAUUUUUCAAGCGUCAAGUUCGCCACACAUAGCCUUAUAAUGUGAAACAUCUUAUAAUUGCUUUAAUAAUUUCACCUUCGUAAAUUAAUUUCACAUGAAGUGUCCCUUUAUUCUUUUCUUUUUGCAGUCCACCUGGCAAAUGGAUUGCGUAGUAGUAGCAAAUUGUAAGAGUACGAGUGAACAGCUGUGGCAUUUUGCCAAGAUGUAUUCAUCUUAUCAGUGCCUCAUCUUUCUGCUGAUUCGAAUGUGACGUGUGUAUACCUCUACUUGCAGCAUUGCUGAAACAGCGCUCUGUUUUGCAGAGUUGAAAACUGCUGCAUUUGCCACAGCAAGCUUACUUUUGCCUGGGCCAUUCGCUUGUGGCAACUAAAUGAUUGGUCAACUUAGAAAGCUCUUCUUUAUGUGGGGCCAUGCCAUGUUUUUUUUUUUUUGUCAGCCAGUUGGUGCCAGGCUGUAUGACUAGCUGCACUGUAUUGACAUAAUGUGCUGUUAGCUCCUACUGCAAGUCCUUGCUGCUGAUGCUCAUGAUUAACAUUGUUGGUCCAUCAAAACUGUGGAAAAAAGAAAGUGCUUUUGCCUGAGGGAUGUGCACUGCUCUCUAAGCAGUAGCUUUAGUGGCUGCAAAAAAAAAAAAAGGAAUAGAAACUGCAACUGUGGCCUUGUUGCAGAGUGGCAAUGUAAAGUGCACAUAGUUACAUAUCUACAUUUUUGUUUGUGCAAUACUGCUUGUAGUCGAUCUGAGCAGUUGGACUUUGUAUGCUGCUGUCCUUUCUACUGCUUCUGUCAUGUGUGGUCCAAGGCAUGGUUGCUCCCAAGUUUUCUUAUAUACAUAUAUAUAAAUAUAUACAUAUAUAUAUAGUCGUGGCAUGUGAAGGCUGUUGUCUCCUUGGCUUUUGGUCAAUGUCAUGACCUGUAUUUAUCAUGUACAGAAUUCCUCUAUUUAAUUUUUAUCGUCCUGUGCUGAGGGAAUGAGAAAGGUUUUCUUUCCCCUGAUUUUUGUUAGACUCCUUGGAUGUUUGUUCUUGAAGUGCCACUCUAGAAACAAGACGACCUUGUGUUCUCUUAGCAUCAUGUUUGUGACAGUGUUUGAUACAAAUACGCUGGCAGGCCUGUAUCAGGAGUGUGCAUACUUAUAACAUGGGUUGCAUUGCAGAAAUUAUUGAUUGCAGGAAUUAUAACUCUUAUCGUAUAGAUGACAAACAACUUACAAAGGCUGCUAAUAAAAAUUUAUGAUGGAUGGUUGCUCUGUGCCAACCAGGAUGUGCUGAAGCACCUAUGAGCAUUAAGUUACUGACCGGGCACCAUUGCUUAUUUCGUAAAAAAGUGACUAUCAUGAAAUAGUAUUGGUUUUGGCUUUGAAUCGAAGGCCUAGUAUCAGCUGUGCUUCUGCAGUCUGUUCCUUCCUGUUAUCGCUGUAACGUUUUGUUAAAGUAGCAGACCAGGCAGUUUGCUACAUUGGUAUGAACUGAAUUGCACCCACAUGGUAGUGAACUCUAGCAUGAGCUAACGCUCGAGCAGCCAUUGUAAUUGGUUACCGAGUUUAUCUAAGCUAAUAGAUGUAUGAAGCAUUUAUAUUUGCUCAGAAUUGCACAGUAAGCAGUUGAGCAGAGUGAAAAAGAAUGGGUUUCUUGUUUUCCCUUGGGAUGGCCAUAAGAAAAAGCCCUCUCAGUUCCCUGUUCACUGUUGUACAGGUGCUAGUCUAACACCCUCCGACUUUGCUCUUUUCCUGCUUAUUGUGCGUGCAAGCGCAGCCGUUUUCAUUGCCUGACCUUUGCACAAAUUCUUGCAUCCGGUCUUGCAUACUUGCUACUCUGGUGUCGCCCAACAAGCUGACUCGGAAGUGAGUGUGUUUGUAGCAGAGCCUGACACUGGCUUUUAGUUCAUGGCAGUGGCAGCAGCUUCAAGAAACUGGGAAGCAUUGAGUUAUAGAGGCCCAAGCUUCGUUCUACUGUAGUUCCAGUUUGGGGCAAAACUUGCCCUCCGCGACCAGUCAGCUAGUGGAAUCAUGCAUUGCUUUUGUCUGAUGAGACCUUGUAGUUGCUCAAUAUAUAGCCUAGCUGACCUGUUUAAACUGGGAUGCUGAGCACAAUCUCCUAAUACCAAUCCUUCCUUGGAGCUUGGCUGCCGCUAGUGUUUGUGUGCCAGCAUUCGGCAUGGUGGCUUGUGCAGUCACAUUACUUCGUUCUAAUUCUUCACAGGCUGCACAGUUAGAACAUCCUGCAAAAGGAGCCUCAUCUCCUUGCCUCCCCCUUCUCUUUUUUCUUUGUUUUUGUUCUGCAGUAAUUUGCUGCAGUCAUUAUCGCGUUUGGAUACAAUAAGCUUUUGUUUCAUUAUCAGGCAGACAUUGAGUUACCACAGUUCCAGUGUUCCUUAUGCCUCUUUUCUUUAUCACUUGAAGCAAAUACUUGUUCAUUUCAUGCAGGGGAUGGUGUAUGCUUUUAAGUUGUGGACCUUGUUUUCUAACUAGCCAACAUAUUCAUGCCCACUUCUGCACUCCACACCAGUCCCUGCUCACUUUCUCUCCCUGCCCCCCUCCUCGACAUAUAGCUUUUUUUGUUCAUGUUUGCAAUAUGAUGGCUUUGUUUUGUUGUCCUAGUUUAUUGCAAAGUGCUAAAUGCGACCAUGUGGUUAUGUUUUGUAUAUAUUGACAGAAGCUCCUUUUGCUUAUAGAUUUAAAAUAGCGAACAAACUCAUUCAACAGCAAGCAGGAAGGAAUAUUGUCAAAGUUUGGUCAGCUUUAGCCUCAGGCUCACUGUAAUGUCAAUAAUAGUGCCAAAGCCUUCCCCUCCUCCCUCCUUUUUUGAUUUUGUUUUGUUACAGGGCUCUUGUUGCAAGUGGCACUUGAUCCCUUUGUGUCUUUAUUAGUUUUUUUUUUUUUUUUUUCAUGCGUCCUGCACAUGUCAGAGGUGCAUCUGAUAGUCAACUGUACGCAAUGAGAAAAUGUGUGUCCAUGUACAUAAACAUGCGUAUAUGACAUGAUUUAUGAGUAACUGCAUCCCUUCGCAUAUUUGCUUGCUGGAGCAUAUAUGGUACUGUAAUAGAAAACUAAUAACCCGUAGCUUAUUUAUGACUGACCACAGCACGGCCGCAGAGCUUUGGAAAAUGUUUGCGGCACUUUGCCUGUAGGCUGCAUUGUGCGCAUGCUCAAAGAUGUCCCCCUUUACGCUACACGUAAGAUACAGUCGUGGUUGUAUUUCUGAAAGCUUUCUCAGACAAGUGAUAGGAUGUCGUUGACACUUCAUGCUUCACUGAUUGCAGCCGAGACAGCCAGCCAGCAGCAUCAGACGCAUAAUUGGCGUUUCCACCUGGCUGCAUGCAUUACAGCUUUGCGGUCGUGCUGUGUAGAGAAAAGCUGGAGCGAACCAAGGUGUACAAUGGUAGACCCAUAUCUAUUGAGCUACUUCACAAGUGUUUGACCAGGGCUAUGUAUACUGAAUGAUGUGUCAUAUAAGCAAAUCUUUUGCAAGACGUUAUCCCAGGGGAACUUUUUUAAUGCAUCUUUGAGAAGGAGAAGAAAAAAAAAAGAGCAACGACUAUGUAACAUAAACCUGCGAUUUUAUAUGUUUUAGUGAUUCUGUCAAUAAAGUUUUACAGAUUUUU